AUGAGACGAGUUUUGAUAUUUUUGUUGUUAUUGGUGCCACUUUUGGUUGGGAGGAAAUCAAAGAGUAAAUCUUGGUAAAAAAAAAUAUUGCGUUGAGUUCUAAUCAAUUUCGAAAAAUUUCAGUAAACGAACAACAUUCAGUAGAUCUACAACAAAUUAUGAAGCAUGGAGAGAACAAAUGACAGUAUGUGAUUUAUUAGAAGAUUAUGAUCCAGCUGUUAGACCAUCAGGAAGAACACCUUAUAAUGAUACAAGUAAGAUGUUGAGGAACAAAAAAAGUUAUCCAAAUUCAAAUAAAUUUCAGAAGGAGCUGUUGUUGUUACAACAAGUUUGAAUGUUCGAUCUAUUUCAGCUGUUUCUGAAAAAAAUAUGGUAGAGUUUCAUUUCUAAAAAGAAUUGAUUAACUUUCCAAUUUUUAGGAGUUUGUUGCUCAGUUCCGUUUUCGACAAGAAUGGUAUGAUGAUCGACUUCGAUUUUUUACCAAAGAAGAUACAUUAAUACAAUCUGAAUACCGAAACUUUGAGUUCAUUCAUGUUGCGAGAGAUCAGAAUUUAUGGAUACCUGACACUUUUUUUCAAAACGAAAAAAAUGGAUGGUAUCACUAUUUGAAUCAAGAAAAUCGUUUUCUGAAAAUCAGAUCCGAUGGAAAAUUAAUUUAUGAUCGAAGAUUAACACUUCAUCUGGCAUGUUCUAUGCAUUUAUCAAGAUAUCCAAUGGAUCAUCAGAAUUGUGAAAUUGCGUUUGCAUCUUGUGAGUUGACAGUUUCCUACAGUGAACAAAUUCUUUCGAACAGAUUUGAAGUUGAAAUUUUACAGAUGCGUAUACAACCGAUGAUAUAGAAUAUGUUUGGGAUGUUCCUGCCAUUCAAAUCCAUGAGAAAGCAAAUGGAGCUCUUCCGAAUUUUGAAAUAGCUUCAUUUAAAAAUGGAUCUUGCACGUCAAAAACAAAUACUGGUAUAUAUUCUUGUCUAAAAGUUGAAAUUCGAUUGAAUCGUGUAUUUUCUUUCUUUUUACUUCAAUUAUAUAUUCCAUCUUCAAUGUUAGUCGGAGUUGCUUGGGUUUCGUAUUGGAUUGAUUGGAAAUCAACUGCUGCACGUGUUCCGUUAGCUAUUGUUACAUUAUUGACAAUGAUUACCACAUCACAUGGUAACAAAUAUAUUAUUGUUAUUUUUAAAAAUAAUUUUUGAAAAUUUUAAAGCAAUCAACUCAAAUUUACCACCAGUUAGUUAUGCAAAAUCAAUUGAUAUUUGGGUUGGUGCUUGUGUGGUUUUUAUUUUCUUCUCAUUAAUCGAAUAUGCGGUUGUUAAUUAUAUGGGUAUUUUAGAUGAACACAGGUUAGUCAAUAAAUAGCAAAACGUUCACUUUUUCUCUGCAAUAUAUUUUCAGACAAAUGCGAAAAGCUGCUUGUAAUAGGUCAAGACUUUCAAAUGUGAUUGAUAAUGAUAAUGGAUUUGGAGAAUCUUUACAAUCUCUAACAUUUAGUCCACAAGAAAAAAAGGUAUCAAAAAUUUUAAUUUGAAAACCAAAAUUGAAAACCAAAAUUAAGCGCCUCAUUCGACGACGGCACAAAAAAUCUCUUGAACUUCAAGAAGGUGAAGGUGAUUUUGAGUCGAUAGAAAUGACUGAUUGUGGACCGCCAAGAACUGCUGGUCAUAUGGAACAAGGUUGGACAUUUCACGAUACAACUGAUUUAGUAUAUAUUGGUCAAAGGAAACGGGUUGAAUUAGUUCGUUGGUGCAGUGUUUUGUCAUCAAGAGGACGAGCAGAACGUAUUGAUAUUAUAGCAAGGUACAGUAAUCCAAUGAUAAAACUUUCAAAAUAAAUUCUUAUAGAAUUCUAUUUCCAAUUGCAUUUCUUCUUUUCAACUUUGCCUACUGGAGUAUUUACCUUGAAGAUGAUGAACCGUGA